UCUCUCAUACCUCUCUUUUAUUCCCACAACAUGAAUUCAAUAUCAAGUUUCUCCCUUUUGGUCAUUUUGCUCCUCACAUCUUCACUAUGUCUAGCAGCCCGACCAGAAUCAUUCGGAUCCUUCUCAGCCAAGCUCAAGCAGAACAACAAAGGAAGCCAAUCCAGCAACCAAAACAACAAAGAUGGUGAGAAUCCUGGGGGGUUUAAUGUACCUGGAUUUAACAUCCCCGGGUGGGAGAAUGGAGGCCUAGGUGGCGGGUAUGGGUUUGGGGUCGGUGGUCCAAAUGGAGGGUCUGGAUCAGGCGGUGUUAUUCAACCUUCUGUGGUGUGUAAGGACACUGGUCCCUGUUUCCAUAAGAAACUGACCUGCCCUGCUAAUUGUUUUGACUCGUACAGCCGGUCAGGCAAGGGAUGGGGCAUGGGCGGAGGCGGCGGUGGCUGCACCAUUGAUUGCAAGAAGAAGUGCAGAGCUUAUUGCUAGAGGGUACCGUACUAAUUUCUACUAUUAGUAUAGAUAGCUUAUUUCUACCAUGCAUGGCGUGUGCUAUUUGGUUUCUUGGUUUUAUGCCUUUUGAAUGCUAAAAACAAUAUUAUAAAUAAAAUUAGUAUUUGGCUUUCUGCAACUUUGUAUCUCUGGGAAUAUGAUCUGAUAUUUGACAAAACAAACAGGAUUACAUGAU